AUGGGACAUCGUUCAGCUGCGUGUGCGAAUUCGAAUGAACGCGACGUUGUAUUAGCGCGGGACCGCGACGCAGAUGGCGACGUCGCAUUACCAUGGAAUGAGGGCGAUCCGCGUUCAACAUUCAUCGAAUCAUCCCUCAACGUCAACCCUUGCUUCAGGAUAGUCAUGAACUUUCAAACGGUAUGGUGCAACAAUGUGGCCAGCCAAGCAUUGCGCAACGCUUCAUCGCGAUGUGCAGUCAUCCUUCUGAGCAAUUUAUGGAGCAGCUUGCGGGGUUUCGCUGGAUUAUCGAAUUACUGCUCGUUCGUGCAGGAUCACUAUCAGACAGCCCAUGAUCUUGAGGAAAGAUGCAAUGUCUACAUCAUCGAUUGUGCAAAGUGUUCCUGUAUACCACGGUCAACUUUCCACUGGAGCUAUCGGAAGGCCGUUAUCGACAGCUGGAAUGAAUCCCCUGAUCCGUGGAUAAUGCACAACCCCACAAUUGAGCCACUGGUCCCAACAGGCAAGAUCCGAGCGAAUUGCAGGCCAAUCGGUCAGUUCAACUGCGUGAUUGUACUCCUUUUGAAGUUUGUACGAGCAGUGUACCUGUCUGCCCGGGCGAUGCAUGGCGGCGAACGUUGGUCGGAGGCUUGA